AUUGCUGGUGAAGUUCUUGAUACGGCGUCACGGAGUGCUAUAAAGUUCUUCUUAUAAGUACAAUGUGUAAGACCAUAUUCAUAGGCGGAUUCUCUUGGUUAGUGACUGUAGAUACAGUCAGGGGAUUCCUGGAGCAAAGGACUGGGAAAGACACCGUUUAUGCCAUCAAAGUUAGACCAGACAAACGUGGGGUUGGAUCAUAUGCUAUUGUCCAGUUUAUGGACCCUGAAGAUGCCAAUGGUGUUAUCUCAUCGGCUAGUCUAGAUUUCCAGUAUGGAGCUUCUCAUCUAACUGCUCGCCAGGCCGAGCACGAUAUUGUACAGAGGCCGAGGACCCUUUCGCAUUCGAUGGAAGGAAUUGCUUUGCAUUUUGGCUGCCAGGUAUCAGCUAGAAGGUUCUCUACUCUGUGGACAGGGGUGAAUGUCGCUGUGAAUCUAUGGACAGCGCCGAGAAAGUUCUGGUUUCUUCUGUCUUAUCGCGGUACAGAGUAUAGGCUCGAGUUAUCCAACGAGAAUAUCUGGCGGGUCGAGCUGCACCGUCCAAGAAGCCGAUCGACAAUGCAUCUUGUGAUUCAGCUGUAUGGGGCUCCCUGUAUAUAUAAAAAAGUAGUUCAGCAUUCGGAGGAUAUUUUGUACAGUCCUCGCUACAACUUUUUUAAAGAUGGCUCUGGUGACCGGUGGGUGAGAGCGACUGAUUUUACUACAUUGGGUUGCAUUGGACAAUCUUCUGCUGUAUGUUUAGAGAUACCCUGUGAAUGCACGGUUCCAGAUUUUCAUGAAAACUUUAUCAAUUAUAAGGAAACCCAUGGAACAUUGUCUAUGGAAGUUGGUUCUCCUUUUUCCUGCAGUGUGGAUCUAGUUCCAAUCGUUGGCCCUCCCAGAGGAAUUGACUUGCCUUAUGAGAUCCUCUUCAAGAUAAAUUUGUUAGUUCAGAAUGGCUGUCUAGCCGGACCUUGUCUUGAUUCUUCCUUUUAUCGAAUAGUUGAUCUAUGGAAAAUAGACAAGGACAUCAUCUCAGAUGCCUUAGACAAACUGUUCCAUUUGAAAGAAUGUUGUUAUGAGCCUUCAAAGUGGCUUAUCGAGCAGUACAAGAAAUAUCUCACCUCCCGGCAUACUACAAAACUGUCUUCAAUAACGUUAGAUGCUGGCUUGGUUUAUGUACAUAGGGUCCAAAUAACACCAUGCAGGGUGUAUUUUUUUGAUCCAGAAAUUAAUGUCUCAAAUCAUGUGUUGCGGAGUUAUUCUGAAUAUAUCGACAGUUUUAUCCGCAUUUCUUUUGUGGAUGAGGACUUGAAUAAACUCCAUUCAACUAAUUUAUCUCCUAGUACCGCUUCGAGACAUGGAAGGGCAGAGAUAUAUGAAAGAAUCCUUUCUGUACUGAAGAACGGCAUAAGAAUAGGUGAUAAGAAGUUUGAAUUUUUUGCCUACUCAUCCAGUCAGUUACGCGAAAAUUCUGCUUGGAUGUUUGCUCCAACAAAUGGGUGUACUGCUGCAACUAUUAGGGCAAAGAUGGGUGAAUUCAGUCAAAUAAGAAAUGUGGCAAAAUAUGCCUCAAGACUCGGCCAAUCCUUGAGUUCAUCUACUGAAACUCUCAAUGUUGGUAGACAUGAAGUUGAAGUCAUUCCGGAUGUUGAAGCCAAAUCCUCCGUUCAUAACAUAAAUUAUGUCUUUUCUGAUGGAAUCGGGAAAAUAUCUGUAGAGUUCGCUUGGAAAGUUGCGAGAAAAUGUGGCUUCGAGGGCUAUACUCCUUCUGCAUUUCAAAUUCGCUAUGGCGGAUAUAAAGGCGUUGUAGCAGUUGAUCUGACGUCGUGUGUUAAACUGUCACUCAGAAAGAGCAUGUCCAAGUAUGAAUCGAAUGAGACAAAGCUAAAUGUCUUGUCAUGGAGCAAAUAUCAGCCCUGCUUUCUGAAUCGCCAGUUGAUCACGCUUCUCUCAACACUAGGUGUUCCGGAUCACGUGUUUGAGAAAAAACAAAGAGAUGCUGUAGAUCAGCUAAAUGCCAUUUUAGUUGAUCCCUUACGAGCACAAGAAGCUCUAGAGGUAAUGCCCCCCGGCGAGAAUGGUAACAUCCUCAAGGAAAUGUUAAUGUGUGGUUAUAGGCCUGAUGCCGAGCCAUUUCUAUCAAUGAUGCUGCAAACAUUCAGAGCAACAAAAUUGUUUCUAUUGCGGACAAAGACAAAGAUAUUUCUUCCUGAAGGAAGAUCGAUGAUGGGAUGCCUUGACGAGACCCGAACUUUAGAAUAUGGUCAGGUGUUUGUCCAGUACUCCGGAAGAAGGAAAAAACAGAUGGGGGAUGGGUCAAUCAUGUUCAUUGGUACUGACUCUGAUCAACGCUCUGUCGUUAAGGGAGAUGUAGUUGUUGCCAAGAAUCCUUGCUUACAUCCAGGUGAUGUGCGUGUUCUAACCGCCGUAGAUGUGCCAGCUUUACAUCAUAUGGUGGAUUGUGUUGUUUUUCCACAAAAAGGAAAAAGGCCUCAUCCAAAUGAGUGUUCAGGGAGUGAUUUGGAUGGAGAUGUAUACUUUGUGUCCUGGGAUUCUGAACUAGUUCCGCAUCACCAGAUACAACCUAUGGACUACACCCCUACCCCAAUCAAACAGUUGGAUCAUGAUGUCACUAUUGAGGAAGUGGAGGAGUACUUUGUAAACUUCAUGCUUAAUGACAGCCUCGGAAUUAUUGCCGAUGCCCACACUGCGUUUGCGGAUAGGGAGCCGGAAAAGGCCAUGAGCGCCGAAUGUUUAGAGCUUGCAAGACUUCACUCUACUGCGGUGGACUUCCCAAAGACUGGUGUAACUGCUGUGGUGCCUCGUCAUUUGUACGCCAAAGCAUACCCGGACUUCAUGGAGAAGCUUGACAAGUCCAGCUACCCUUCCAGUAACGUGAUCGGAAAGCUUUUCCGGGAAGUCAAAGAUCUAGCAUUUGCAUCAAGCUCUAUCGGGAAGUUCACGCUGGAAAUGGCGAUGCGAUCCUAUGACCCAGAUAUGGAAGUUGACGGAUUCGAGGCAUACAUCGACGACGCUUUCUAUCACAAAGGCAAUUAUGAUUACAAGUUGGGGAAUCUGAUGGAGUACUAUGAGAUUAAAACGGAGGCUGAUAUACUCAGUGGCUGUACAAUGGAAAUGUCCAAAUCUCUCUCCAAGAAGUGGAAUACCGAAGCCAUUCCUUUGGCUGUAAAUUCCCUGAGAAAGGAAGCUCGGAACUGGUUUAAUGAAAAGGGAAGUGGUUCAGAUUCUGAGGCUGUUGAUGUAUAUGCAAAGGCGUCUGCUUGGUAUCAUGUCACGUAUCACCCUAGUUAUUGGGGUUGCUACAACGAGGGUUUGAAUCGAGAUCAUUAUCUUAGCUUCCCCUGGUGCGUAUAUGAUAAACUAAUCCAAAUUAAGAAGGAAAGACGAGGUAGGACAACUGUCUCUAUGUCCGCUCUUGAAGACCGCUUCACCCGUGGAUUGCGCCUGAGUUGA